AUGGAUUCAAUGGAUGUAACAUACAACGUAUCAGGGGAGAAUGGUAAUGAUGGUGUCAAUGGUACAAGUUACUACAAUGCUUCGACGCAUUACGGUCCUGGACACAUUCAUAUUGAAGGAUCUUUGAAUCAUCCUUUCGGUCAUAGAGAAUUGAUCAAUGAAGACGUUUUUUUGGGCAUGGAUGGUCUAAUCAAUCUUUUCGCGCAAGGUGGACGUGGUGGUAAUGGGGCCAACGGCGGGAGGGGACAGGAUGGAGCUAAAGGACUAGACGGAACGGACGCCACCAAAUACUCCAGAGGGACCGAUGGUGGUUCAGGUUGUAAUGGGGGUCACGCCGGUUCGGGUUCAAGCGGAGCUGACGGUGGCUCCGGAGGCACCAUUUCGGUGACCGUGUCUGAAGAAGAUUCGUAUUUACUGCAUUUACUCGGUACACAUAACGUUGAGGGUGGAGUUGGAGGAUCUCCUGGGAGAAAUGGACAGCGUAAGGAAUUGAAUAUUUUAAAGCGCGACUAUCAAGGAAAUACACGUCAGAUAUCCCGAACUCAAGCGGGUGGUAUUGACGGUGCUAACGGUCGAGAUGGAUUUUCAUCGAAUGCGCAACCGACAACUGGAAAACAAGGAAUGAGGGGCAAUUUUUCAUUUGGCAUUAUCAUUAAUGGAUCGGUGAUCACAUAUAACGAUCUCUUCAAGUUGGAGAUCAUCGAUUUCAAAUACGAAACACAGGAUGCGUCCGGAAUUAUCGAACCUUCUGGACGAGUUAUAAUUCACAGCAUGAGGUUUAGAAAUUAUGGAACAAUGCCCACUCCAAGGCACAAGGACAUACGGAUAUCGCUUCGACCGUUUAACAACAUCGUAGCAAAUAGCACACAGGUCAACGCACCGAGGCACAUUCUAUCGGGUAAAACCGCGAUUUCGCGGGACCCGUUACACAUUAGAAUAGACGACAUAAACACUGUGAGCGAUGGAAGCCCACUUCAACAAUCCGUCGAUGUAGGAUUCAUGGCUACAAUGACAGGCAUUGAACGACCUCUGCAAUUAUUGCUCAAGAAUCAACUUCAUUUCACCGUCCAAUACCCGAUAAAUAUCGGUGAAGUGAUAGCCAUACACGUGCCGGGUGACAAAUAUACAUAUGAAAUCUUCUGUUCUGUAACUAAUGUAGGACGCUGUGAUCUUGGUCGACAGUCGAAUUGCGGUCGUCAUGUUCGAGCGGCAUUAAACAAAGGUGAAAUGGUCGACAAUCAACGACCUCUUGAACUAGAGGAAAUAAACCUAUUGCAUGCAGGCGAGUCAAAACAACUCAGAUAUCGCGUCCAACUAGACAAUACGCUGGGAAACGAUCAGCAGCAGCAUUUUUCGGUGACAUUGCAAAUUGGCAAGAUGGAUCAACAGGAUCUACUAAAAUCAAUUCAAAGACGAAAAUUUCUACUUAGACCGGCGAGAUAUAAGGAAAAUGAUCUAUUACUUUGCACAUUUCAUAAUGCGUGCACAAAUAUACCAAAUGAUCAACAAAUUAAUGCAGAAUAUAGAGGUGUGAUCGACAUCAAAUUAUCCAAUCCAAUCAACGCAACAAAUUUGGGAGAAGUAAAGAUUUCUGGUACCAUAAAGUAUAGCAGCGGUUGUAAAAUUGAAUUGGAUCAUAAUUUUUCCUUCCGGACAGAUGGGCAUAUCUACAUCUCAACUGGAUACCAGGGUGGAGAUGUAACUAUCACAGUUGCCGAGCACGAAUCACAUUUAUUGUUACUCCUUGCGCACAACUUUGACAAUAAUAAUAACUCCCGUACUAGAUGGAAGUUUAAGGUUGUCAAUGAAACGCAUAAUCGAAUUGAAGAAUAUGACAAACCUUUCAAAUUAGAAGUUUACGAUUUUAUCGUCCGAUCAGAUGUCCUGGAGGAUGUGCAUGAGCCGGGCGGCAAAGCAAGCAUACGUAAUAUCAAGCUUCGCAAUUUAAGUAGGAUGCCUACACCAGGCAAUCACGAAAUACGAAUCUCCCUUUCUUCAAGUGAUUGGAUAGUUCCGGAUGAUAUAUCGCUUACGCUUCCGAAAUUAUUGCCUUUCGGGGAUGUUGAGCUCACAACACAGAGACCGUUUGAAUUUUCGUUGCGUGACGAUGUCGAAAUUAAUCAUAUCCCAUUAAAAAUUCAUGAUAGAAUUCAAUUCAGUGCGAUCAUGACAGCCGGAAAUCGAUUAUUGCCAUCAUUUAGCAUAGCGCAACCAAUUUUAAUUCAGCAUCCAAUUGAAAUAAACAAAUUUGUCGGAUUUCGUUAUCCCGGUAGGGAUGAAACGUUUGGCGUUUUCUGGUGUGUUGAAAAUAAUAGUCGGAUGAAAUUCGGUCGGAAAACGGAAUUGAGUCGCGCGAUUGAAAUAUCCUUAUCUAAAAUUACCUCUGAUGCGGAUGAUUGCACGAUCUUCUUUAAGAAAGAUUUAACAUUCACAUCAAACGAAAUCAAGAAUAUGAGAACAAAGGUCACGUUGGAAAAAAAGGGCGAUGGAUACGUUAGCACCAAAUUUGAAUCGCACUUGCGAUCGGGAACACCCGAAUUUCCGGAAACACCAAGUACAAUCCAACUGCACCGAUUUCAACUUUCGCCAUUUACGAGCCACACCUAUAGUCCAUUUGAUUUGAUCCUAAACCUGGGCGAGGGUCGUUUGACCGAAAACGGGAAUCAGCCAGGAGAUCACUCGCAAAAUGGAGAAAUUCACAUUUUCAUGCAUGCCCCGAAUAGAGCAAAAAAUAAGCCUGGGGACUUGUCGAUCCGAGGCACACUAAAGUACACAAAUGGCUGGAAAACUGAAUUUGACGAUUGGUUUUCCCUGGGAAGGGUUGGAUUGGUCCAUCUUAUUCCAAAUGGAAAUAAUGAUUUAACUUCGGGCACCAUUAAUGUUGAAUGCCCGGUUGAAGAAACACAUCUCUUCUACUUGAUUCACGAGGCCACACUCACCAAGUGUCGAAAUGUGCAAUUGCAAGUUCAAUCGGGUCAAUGGUUAAAGCGAUAUCGAAGAUUGUAUAAACUCGAAUUGGUAGAUUUUGAAUGCGAGCCCGAAGAUCAAAGCUCAGUUUAUGAGCCUGGAGCGAAAGCUUUCAUAAGUAAAAUUGUAGUGAAAAAUACGGGGGAAAUGCCAACCCCUAGCGGUAAGGAUAUCCUAGUUUUCAUCAUUUCGUCUCAUGGGAUAAUCCCAACUGGCGAGAUAAUUUUGCCGAAAUCGAUCGGGGAUUCCUGUGAGGAAACGUUGAAUCUAAAAAGAAACAAUGACGACAUGUUAUGCUUUAACAUCAAGCGCGAGUGCAAGCCAUCAUAUGAAAGAACGUUUAGCGCGACAUACAAUAUUAACCUAAGGGCGAAUAUGACCGGCAUAGAACGCCCGAUAACGUCAUUUACCAAACUCAAAAAUCUUGAAAUCAAAUAUCCAAUUCGGAUAUGUUCUAAAACGGGAAUUCAAGAUUUUGCCAACAAUGAUGAGACGAGAGUUAUUUGGAUGUUGGAUAACAUUAGUCGAAUACCAUUCGGUGCAAAAUCGAAACUUAGAAGAAUAGUAAAAGUUGGAGUUAGUCUCACCGAGGUUGAACCACCCGACAGUCUAAAAUUCUUGAGAGAUGAUGACUCCAAAGAUUUAGAAAACACACCCGUCAAUUAUCACGAACAAGAAGUCAUCUUGCUUGAAGCUAACCGAGCGGUUCUAAUGGUUUGCACAUUAGUUCCUAACAAGAAUAAACUCGUCUCUGAUGAUGAUGAUGGUUUACCUCAACUCAUUAAAGCAAGACUUUUGAUUACCCUCAAACUCGGUUCCAUAGAGGAUCCUACUAGAGCCAAUGACAUCGAGAUUAGAAAACACGAAAUGGUGAUAUCACCGAAGUAUGAACCAAAUAAAAAAGCAGAGGUACUCAUGGUGAUCAAUCGUGACACCAGGAUAGAAGAGUACGACGCGUGGAGCCGACUAUUUCGUGAAUUGAAUUUAAGAGGUUCUACGUGGGAUCUAUCCAGAAUGGGUCACUUUGACUUAUUUUCCCCUUACUCGGGUUCAGCAUCGUGUGAAUCAACCGAAUUCACCGACUCUACUAUCGUUGAUGAUGACAGACAACCAUCAAUACAUGAAGAUGGAGCCUUCCUCGAGACAGCUGGCAAAGAAAAUUCUAGAUUAAUUCAACGUGAACGAGGAUCGUCCGAUACCCUUUCUAAUGAAGGGAACGCAGUGACAACAAGUUUUCUGGCAGCAGAUUUCCGGGAAAAAACCAUUGUUAUUCUCAAUAAUUUAUUUAAAGAUAUUAGUAAUAUUCAUGAUUUGAAGGUUAAGAAAAAUGUUUUCUCCAGAGCAUUGGACUAUCUUGAUCCUAGUCAAAUGCUUCAAGCAUUUCGAGGUUAUGGCGUCAAAUUUUACAUUGUUGGUACGGAGAUCGAUGAUAAAACACUUCGAGGAUAUUUUAUUCCAAGAAAUGUCAUCAGCUCAUCUAUAAUAAUGCCAGACCCAACAAUUAGAAGAUACAUUCAAUACAAGGAAAAUUUCGAACUUGAUUGUAGUCAGAUGAAUGGGAGCAUCGAAAAUGAACAAAUUGAAUGCGUUGAAACCUAUCUAAGACCAAUGUUUCACUUCAUGUCAUCCGAGGAGUCUUAUGUGAAGCAAAAAAUCUGUAGAAUAAGUAAAUCAUUGCAGACACUUUAUCCAGAGCGACGACAUUUGAUUAUAACUAAGCAAGGCAAGGAUCGUGGUGAUGAUCGAGUCUUUAUUUGCAGAACCGUUGACAGAACUCAAAGACAUCUAGGUCAUAUAAACAUGAACGAUGAUGAUAUUCACAUUCCAGAAACAGUUAACAGCAACGAAAAUACAAUUGGACUAUUAUCCUGCAUACCGUUCGCUAGAAGACUAGAAAAAUUAAAAGAACUAACAUCCGAAUCAAUUCAAAAUAAAAAAGUAGAUUUCCGAUUAUUGAAGUCCCUUCAAAAAUUAUUAGAAGUCGAUUUAACGAUGGAAUUGGUUGGAUUAUGUAGAAUACGCGAAAUCAAAAACUUACCUGUCAAACCUCUAUCUGUCUCAAACGCGAAAUUCCUCGAGAAAUUCUGUGAUUUUUUUGUUUAUGUAUUUGCAGAGACGAAAUCUGCUGAGAAUUAUCACUCGCAAUGGAUACUCGACGUUAUGGUUAACCUAAAAGUAAUGCUCGAUUGUGGAAAGAAAUGGACCGACAUUCUGAAGCCAAAUACAAUCCUAAGAUCCCAAAUUUUGGGACAAAUCCUUCAGGAAGAAUAUAGAAAAGCAUUUGAAAAAAUAUCCGAAGGGGUACCAGGCAUCAUUAGUCAAUCACAGAAUCACGUUCUAGCGCAGAAAAAGAGGCGGGAACAAGAACUUAAUCUAGGGCAGAAUGAAUCAAAGGAUGAUAAAUUUCAUUUCGCAAUCAACCAGAUGUUGGGGUUUUUAAAUGACAUUAAUGUGUUGAAAAAUGAUUGGAAUAUCUUAGAUGAGGAUAUGGAGAUUGUGAUAACAGAUGAAGAAUAUCAGGCACUCGAAAAUGAUUAUGAAAAGAGAGCUUCCAUGAUUCAUGAGAGGAUCACCGCUUUUGAAAUUUUUAAUAGUAACUUGACCAAACAAAUUCCGAUGACAUUUGAUGUGUGA